GGCGCACGAGGAGCUUGUUGUGCUGCUGGUGUUGUUCAUAGAGUGAAGGGCUGGAGGAGAGAGCAAAGAGGAGACUGAGCAGGGUGGCUUUACACACCCCGCUGCCUUACUGUUUGGUAGAUGUGUGGCUCAAGUGUUCGAGGUAGGCAAAACACACACUCUCGCUUUGACUCACACACUCAAGGUUUUCGUGGCGGUGUGCAGACGUGAUGAGUAUAUGAGUGCUGGAAGGGAUCCUGAUGAGGCCUGAGGUCAUCUCCGACAGUCUCAAGGACGUGGCAGAGGGGGAGCAGUGCGGCGCCGGCAAGGGAUGGACGAUGAUGAGUUUGCCCCGCUGCCCAAUGGUGCGGCUCAGGGUGUGUCGCUUCACCUUCAGGGGUCUGGUGUUUUUCACGGUGGCGGUGGCGCUGCUGUAUGGUUUCCUGCUCAUGGAUGGGGCGCGAUCUGCAGGAAAGCCUCCCUGGCUGGAGCUCAACACCUGCUCGCCGAGGAACAACGUCGCCUUUCUCAAAACCCACAAGUGUGCGUCCUCCGCCAUCCAGAACAUUCUCUUCCGCUAUGGCGACAAACACAACCUCCACUUCGCACUGCCGGUCACGGGGAACUACUUUGGCGGUGGAAGACACAUUUUUGAAGCUGGUAUGGUCCGGUCCUCGCCCUUCAACAAGGUGACGCCCAACAUCUUCGCCAUUCACACCAAGUGGAACUACGAAGAGGUGAAAAAAGUCAUGCCUGAAGACACCGUCUACUUCACCAUUGUCAGGGAACCCACGGCCCUCUUCCAGUCCCUCUUCGAUUACGCCAGUAUUGGGGAAAGAGCAGGCGGCCUGACGCUGGACGAGUACGUGAGGCGGAACCCCAUUGACGCCAGCAGAACUGACGGCUACGUGGGCUACAACCAGAUGACCUGGGACCUUGGGAUGCCGCUGGAGGACAUGAGCAACCUUACUGCCGGCCGUGAACUGGUGCGGCGCGCAGACGCGCAGUUCGGGCUGGUGCUGGUGGCGGAGCGGAUGGACGAGUCGCUGGUGUUGCUGGCCAAUUACCUGUGCUGGGAGCUGCGCGACGUGCUGGUGCUGCGGGUCAACUCCCUCAGGGACGAGUUCAAGUCUUCCAUCAGUGAGGAGUCGCGGCAGGCGCUGCAGCAGAGGCUCGCCCCGGACUACCUGCUGUACAACCACUUCCUGGAGAAGUUCGACCAGCAGGUGGAGGCGUUCGGGCGGCGCAGGAUGGCGGCGGAGGUGGCCAGGCUGCGGGAGCUGAUGGCGCUGCUCGUCAGCAAGUGUAACUUCGUUAGGAAGGAAGCCUCGGGUCUCACGGGGAGGCAGAAGCCGAGGUCGUAUAAGGUGGACGGCUUCGUGGCGGCGCAAGGUGGAGAGGCGUGCGAGCUGUUCACCAUAGCAAAUCCAAUUUACAUUGGCCUUCUGAAGGAGAAGCAACGCAGGGAACUCCUCAACGGGACACAACAGGCUCCUAGCAAGACUCCCUCUCAAGACUCUUAACCUGCCAGUGAUCAGUGUGCGUCUAGCCACCGCGAGGGACGGAAGGGAAGGCUGUGUUGAAUUGACCCUCGUGCUUCUCCCUGGCGCUUGGGGAGUGAGGCCAGCAAAGUACCGGAUGUUAUCGUGAGCAGUGACUAUUACAGCGAGAGAAGGUGGAAGUGUUAACAAAAUGAUAUCGAGAAGCGUGUUUUUCAGUGUUUCUGCGUCAUCUGUGGUGGUGUGAUUUUGUUUUUACUUUUUUAACAAGCUAUUGUGGGAGUUAAUGGGAGUGUGAGUGUUUCUUGAUGCUAUUUAAUGAUGCUUUUUACUUGCUAUUGUAGUACUUAUUGUUCUAUUAUUGUUGUUGUUGUAAUUAUUUUAUUGUUAUCAUUAUUUUUUUUCACAUAUGUUUACUGGAGUCUGCCAGAGUGAGACGCGUGUAACUAAGAUCACAGGUGAAGCUACAGGCGGUCUCUGAGUCACACGCCCCGGGAACCACAAUCAUUCCAUCUGGCAGAAAUGUAUAAUCACUAUGUAAAAAUAGCUUCCUUCCUCCACCUCUAUCAAGCUGAGUGGUUAAUUCGUGUCCUCCACUUAUUGACCCAAAGGAUAUCUGCAGUACCCUUGUUAUAUCAGCUUGUCCACAUGAAUACCUAGCUGGGGAUGAUAAAAGGUAAUGACGUUAAUA